CGGUGGCAGCCGUGGUGCUCGUCGUGCAGCUCGCGCUCGGCCUUCCUCCCACGGCAAUGCUGGCCCUGCUCCUGAGCCCCCUCGCCGUGCUCGCCGUGCUGGCCGCGCUCGUGGCGCUGGCGGGGACGUCCCUAUGUCUCCUGGUGCUGCAGCCUCGCAUCGGGGCCCCGACCCUGCGGCUCUGGGAGCAUCUCGCG